AUGUUACUUCGUCUCUCCACCAUCUGCGUGUUGCUCUCGGCCACAUUGUCGAUUGCUCAUCCUUCCUCAGAGAAUGUCCAAUUGGUAGGGAGAUCGUAUCCUGAAUAUCCGUCAAAACGACCAUCUGUGUCGUGCCACCCAAAAUCGCCGGGAAAACACCAUCCGACUUCUCCAAGCCGUUCGAAGAUUUGUUAUAUUAAAUCUCACAAUGACGGGAAGACAGACGAUUCGUCAUAUGUUUUGAGCGCGCUUCGGUCGUGUAACAAUGGUGGUCAUGUAGUGUUCAAAAAGGGGGUCAAUUACCUGAUUGGGAAAGCUUUGGACCUAACUUUCUUGAACCACAUCGAUAUUGAUAUUCAAAGUAAAAUUCUUUUCACCAAUGACACCACCUAUUGGCAAGCCAAUUCAUUCCGAUUUGGUUUCCAGAACGUCACUUCAUUCUUCAAACUUGGAGGUAACGAUGUUAAUAUCUACGGUGGUGGUACCGUUGAUGGAAACGGACAGGCUUGGUACGACCUUUAUGCAAAGGAUAUUUACACUUUGAGGCCUGUUCUUUUCGGAAUUGACGGUCUCAAGAACUCAAUCAUUAGUGAUUUGGUUCUCCGAUACUCACCACAAUACUACUUCUUCAUGGCCAACUCCACGAAUGUCAUUUAUGAUAACAUCGAUAUUGCUGGUGGUAGCACGAGCGUUAACAUCGCCAAGAACACGGACGGUUGGGAUACUUACCGCAGCUCAGGCGUCGUGAUACAGAACUCGCAUGUCGUCAACGGAGAUGAUUGCGUGUCGUUCAAGCCAAAUAGUACCGAUAUGGUCGUACAGAAUAUGUUCUGUGACGGGUCGCACGGCAUUAGCGUUGGAUCAUUGGGGCAGUAUCCCGGAGAAUUUGACAUCGUGGAGAAUGUCUAUGUUUACAAUAUCUCCAUGAACAAUGCUAGCGACGGAGCACGUAUCAAGGUCUGGCCCAAUGCUCCAAGCGCCCUUUCAGGCGACUUGCAAGGUGGCGGUGGCUCUGGUAGAGUAAGAAAUAUCACUUACGAUACUUGGUACAUCAACAAUGUCGACUACGCUAUCGAACUUUACCAGUGCUACGGACAAAAGAACCUCACCCUCUGCUUGGAAUACCCAUCUCGUCUGACCAUCAGCGACGUGGUGUUCAAGAACUUCAAGGGCACGACGAGUUCCAAAUAUGCUCCAGCAAUUGCUGCUUUUGCAUGUUCAAGCGAAUCAGUUUGCAGCGGGAUAAGCGCCACGAACAUUGAUGUUAAGAACCCAACUGGAACGAAGGAUGCAUACUGUCUAAAUGUCAAUAACUCGACUCUCGAUGUAACAUGCGGAGCUCCGCUCAAGGGCUUCAAUUGA